UUUCACGUUGCGUUUUCCCGGGAAUUCUUCUUCUGCGUUGUUCUCCGCUAAUCUUUUCGGAGAUCGAAUCUUGCGAAAUCCUCUUUUUCUCUCUUUUUUGUUUUUUUUGUUUUUGUGUUUUCCUGUGAGUUUUCUCACAAGGGAAAAACCGCUGAGAGUUUUCGUUUUUGAUUCAUUGGUGGGUGGCUUCAUUGUUUCGAUUUAGGGUUUUGUAAUCGGAUUUCUGCGGGUCUCGGGGUUGCAAGAUUGGUGAAAGAUUGGAAAGCUGUGAUAAUUGGAUAAUUAUCCGUGCCUCGGGAGUUUUCGGUCCCGAAUUGUGGGAUUCUUGGCUGCGUUGCUUCGAUUUCGAUGUGAAAUUAGGGUUUUGGGGAUGAUUACAACAUGAUAAUUAAGCGGACUAUGAAAACUGAAAUGCCGAACCUGAAACGGUGUAAACUGGACGAGGCAGAUUCCGAGGGUAAGAAAAAGCGAAGGGUGAAUGGGUUUUACUCUCUUGGUAUGCCUGGUGAUGCUGAAGAUUUUAGUAGCGGUUCUGGCUCUUGGAGCAGUGAAGGUUCGUACUGGGGUGGUGGUGUUGGUGGGGGUGGUGAGGUUCAGUCUAAUUCAAAUUCUGUAAGGUUGAAUGGCAAGACGGUGCAAGGCCGGGGCUCCCAAGCGCCGCGGCCUCCGCUGUUGCGGUCGUCGCGUGGCCGCGUUCAAAUGCUUCCUUCGAGGUUCAGUGACUCAGUUAUUGAUAAUUGGAAGGAUCGAGGAAUCAAAACGGAGGAUGGAGACUCCAUCUUUGAUGAAGAUUAUAGGGAGGGUAUUAGUGCAAAGGUAUUUGUAAAACUGGAUAAGAGUGAUAACCACCAUGGCUUGGAAAAUUCUGAUUUGGGUGGCAUAGGUUUAAAUGGUUUUGAUAAAAAGGAGAAUGCUGAUUCGUCUAGUAUCAGGACGGUGAAAACUGAUAGUAAUACGUCUGGUAUUAGCUUUGAAGGUGUAGACCAAAAGCCUAAUGGGAAUGCUGGAAAGAGGAAAGAGGUUUACAAGCCUGAGGAUUUUGCUUUGGGUGAUAUAGUUUGGGCAAAAUGUGGGAAGAGAUAUCCUGCUUGGCCUGCUCUAGUCAUUGAUCCCAUCUUGGAGGCUCCCAAAUCCGUGCUGAGUUGUUGUGUUCCCGGUGCACUGUGCGUUAUGUUUUUUGGUUAUUCCAAAAAUGGAACGCAAAGGGACUAUGCAUGGGUGAAGCAGGGAAUGGUAUUUCCGUUCUUGGAAUUCAUGGACAGGUUCCAGGGGCAGACGCGGUUGUACAAGAGCAAACCAAGUGACUUUCGCAUGGCACUGGAAGAGGCAAUGUUGGCAAAAGAUGAUUUUCUUGAAUCACAGUUGGAAGCAGAGGAAGAAGUAACUACUGUAAAAGCUCAUCCUGAUGGACUUACAGAGGCCACGGGUUCAUGUUUUGAUCAGGAAUAUUACUGCGAGGGUCAGGAUACAAGAUCUUGUGCUGGCUGUGGUUUGAUGUUGCCAUGCAAAACCAUGAAGAAGAUUAAGGAUUCAAGCUGUGCGCCUCAAUUUUAUUGCAAACAUUGUGCUAAGUUACGUAAAUCAAAGCAAUAUUGUGGCGUUUGCAAAAAGAUUUGGCACCAUUCAGAUGGUGGGAAUUGGGUAUGCUGUGAUGGUUGUAAUGUUUGGGUGCAUGCCGGGUGUGCUAAAAUUUCCAGCAAACUUUUAAAGGAUCUGGAAAAUACAGAUUACUAUUGUCCAGAUUGCAAGGGAAAAUUCAUUUGUAACUCACCAGCAUCACAAACAUACAAGUCCAAAAUCAAUUCAAUAGAGAAGAGCCAAAAACCUAUGAUACCUGAGAAGGUAACGGUGGUGUGCAAUGGCAUGGAAGGAAUUUACAUCCCAAAUCUUCAUUUAGUUAUGUGCAAGUGUGGCUCUUGUGGUUCAAGGAAGCAGACCCUGACUGAAUGGGAAAGACAUACAGGUUGCAGAGCCAAAAAAUGGAAACAUAGUGUGAAAGUUAAAAGUACAAUGCUACCGCUAGAAAACUGGGUAUGCAUUAGUUCUUGCUAUAUCACAGAAAACGUUUCACAAAAUGGAGUUCCCCAGCAGUUAGAUCAGCAGCAGGUGCUUGCUUUUUUGCAAGAGAAGUAUGAGCCAGUUCAUGCAAAAUGGACAACAGAAAGAUGUGCCAUUUGCAGAUGGGUUGAAGAUUGGGAAGAUAACAAAAUUAUUAUCUGCAACAGGUGCCAAAUAGCAGUCCACCAAGAAUGCUAUGGAGCAAAGAGUGUUCAGGAUUUUACUACUUGGGUUUGUAGAGUAUGUGAAACUCCUGAUGUUGAGAGAGAGUGUUGCCUUUGUCCAGUAAAAGGUGGUGCACUAAAGCCAACUGAUGUUGAGAUGUUGUGGGUUCAUGUAACAUGCGCUUGGUUUCGUCCUGAAGUUGUUUUCCAAAACCAUGAGGCCAUGGAACCUGCCUUAGGAAUCCUCAGAAUUCCUCCUAAUUCCUUUGUUAAGACUUGUGUGAUCUGUAAACAAAGCCAUGGUUCCUGUACAACUUGCUGCAAGUGUGCUACUCAUUUUCAUGUGACGUGCGCAUCAAGAGCGGGAUAUAGUACGGAAUUGCAUUCUGUGGAGAAGAAUGGGACUCAAAUAACAAAGAAGUUAAUAUACUGUGCAGUUCACAGGGUCCCAAAUCCAGAUUCAGUACUGGUUGUACAUACAUCCCUGGGGGUUUUCUCUCCCAGAACUUCAAUCCAAAAUCAUAAAGGAUCCUUAAGGGGAUCAAGACUGGUUUCAUCAAAGAAUGUAGAGCUUAAUGAAUAUUCAUCCACUGAAAAUAACAAGGUUGAGCCACUGUCUGCUGCCAGAUGUCGUGUGUACCAAAGGUCUCCUAAUAAGAGGGCUGAUUUGCCAAUAAUUCACUUACUGAGGGGACCCAGCCUUCAUUCUUUAGGUGCAAUAACUCAAUUGAACAGCUAUAAGGAUGCUGAAGAUUCUAAAGCAUUUACUUCUUUCAAGGAACGUCUUGACCAUUUACAGAAAAUGGAAAAACUUAGAGUUUGCUUUGGAAAAUCGGGUAUUCAUGGAUGGGGCCUCUUUGCUCGUAGAGAUAUACAAGAAGGAGAGAUGGUUGUUGAGUAUCGUGGUGAGCAGGUAAGGCGUAGUGUUGCUGAUCUCAGGGAAGCAAAAUACCGUUCAGAAGACAAAGAUUGCUAUCUGUUCAAGAUCAGUGAGGAAGUGGUAAUUGAUGCAACGCACAGGGGCAAUAUUGCACGUUUAAUAAACCAUUCUUGCAUGCCAAACUGCUACGCAAGGAUUAUGAGCUUGGGUGAUCAGGAGAACCGGAUUGUUCUUAUUGCCAAGACCAAUGUUUCUGCUGGUCAAGAGCUAACGUAUGAUUACUUGUUCGAUCCAGAUGAGCAGGAUGAACUGAAAGUUCCCUGCUUUUGCAAAGCCCCCAAUUGUAGGAAAUUUAUGAACUAGGUUCCCCAUUUUUUGUUCUAGGAGCAAUUGCAGUUACCUAACCAUAGAGUAAACAUUUGUCCAUUGAGCCUUUUUUUUAUUAUAAUUUUUUAAUUUUUUUACAAGUUCAGUAUAAUUUGUAUAUCAUUUUUGUUAUAUAAUAAAAUAGAAAAAUUCUGAGGAAUUGAGCUGGAGGCAAUUUUGUAACUUGCCACAUGGUUCCUCUAUAUAAACCCAAAUUGUUUUGACAU